AUGGAGGAAAACGCACGAUUGCGACAGCAACUAGAGAUGAGUACAGCUAAUGAACGGAUGGCUUUAGAGGAAAACGCACGAUUGCGACAGCAACUAGAGAUGAGUACAGAUAAUGAACGGAUGGCUUUAGCUCGAAUUGAGCGGCUUGAAAGUCUUUUAGAGGAACAUCGCGGAAGAGAGUCGGAAGAGUCGGAAGAGUCGGAAGAGACUUCAUCUUUGGAGCGAUCCAGUGAUUCCAGUCACAUGAAAGGAGUUGAUAGUCACCUGGAUUCAACCAGGAAAGAAGGCAAGAAAGAAAACUUAAUUGCCACCCUUUUGCUUGAUCCUUCGGCAAAGCCGUCCAGCAUAUCUUUUCGUUGGAAGCGAAAGUCGUUGGAGCGAAUUGACUUGACAAUGGAGCAAGAAACUAAUUUGGAGAAACUCACUCCAGUUAAUAUGGAUCUCAAAUCCUUUGCUAAUUGGGUCGCCUUUAAUUUAGAAAAGAAUGCCACAUCGUGGGUAUCGUUUAAUCUCGCCACUCUGUAUUACCGGAUCAUCGGAAAUGCAGCUCAAGCGCUUGAAUGUUGUCGAAGAGCGCUCCAGUUUAGCCCGAGGGAGAUGCAAACCAUUGCUUUGGUCAAUAUGGGUAACAUUUUGACGCACAGUCAUCAACAAGAAGACGGAAUUAUCGUGCUUCAUGCUGCGGUCGAUCACACUCCCAGUGAUCCAAUAGCACACUAUACUCUAGCCAAUAGUUAUGCCCUGAUCGGUGAUUUAAAUAGGUCCGUUCUUUGCUACGAAAAUGUUUUGAAACUGAAACCAGAUCUCAAAAUGGCUGUCCGAAAAAUGCACGGGAUUCAAUGUUUGUCCAAAUUGGAAAAGGCCCUAGAAACUCAACAUAGUGUUUUACAGCACACAUUAACGGAACUGAAGGAACAACAACGCAAGUUUGAAGAGUGGAAUCAUCCGCAGGAAAAGAUAGUCAGUGCCCAGGCCACAGUUGGGCAGCGACUUCGCAGCCAAUAA